AAAUAAAUAAUCAUUGAUAAACAGCUACCAGACCCAAGGACAGCUAGUGAGUUACAUUUUGCUAAAGACAAGCAACGUCUCUCUCUCUCUCUCUCUCUCUCUCUCUCAUAUGUGACCCGCAAGCUGCAACCCGUAGUACCUCUCUCUGCAAAGAAAGGCGCCCAAGAAAAGAUCUUUUUUCAUCCAUAAUCUCUUUCCACAUUUCAAUGGCAGUCUUGUUGAAUAGUAGAUGUGUUUAUGAUCCCCAAAAAUCAUUCUCCUGUCAAUGCCCACGCCAGUGGAAUUUGUUGAAAGAAAUGAAAUGGACACAACAGAGAUCCCAUGAAUGAAGCUCUUCUUCGGUUGUUUCGAUUCCUGUUUGUCUUCUUCAUCCAAGACCAUGAAGUUCUCAUCUAAAUGUAUUCUCAGCCCAGGCAGCAGCACUGGUAAUAGAGAACCAUCUCAGAUUUCUCUGUCUUCUUCCUUAAGCAGGAAGCUUAGAAGCAAUAGGAGUAUCAGAAACGGACAAGCUUCUCCAAUGUUCCCAACGGUGGGCAAGAAAAAAGGCGGUACUUUUGAGAAUCCAGAGCCUUCUUCCCCUAAGGUGACGUGCAUUGGACAGGUGAGGGUGCGAACCAGAAAACAGGGGAAGAAGAUUAGAACAAGAUCCAUCAGAAGACAAGAAGCAAGCUUUAGGAAAAUAGACCAGGGUUUUCGUGUUGCGGCAAACUCAAAUCUCAGAGGACAAAAGAGCCAGAAUUUUGAGCAUCAGAAUCAUCAGAAUUUGCGACAAGAGUGUUUACCUCACCGGAAUCAGAGAUGGGUUCAUCUUCCUCUGACAAUUUGUGAAGCUCUGAGGGGAUUUGGAGCUGAUUUUAACAGCUGCUUCUUUCCAUGCUGGUCAUCUUGUAAAUCAAGCGAGAAAGAUGAAGAGGAUAAGGCAGGAGGAGGGACGGGGGGCUCCGGUGGUGGGGCUGCAUUGGCAGGAUGGCUGGCGGCUUUAGAAGAAGGAGAGGAAGAUAGAACGGAUAGGUUAGAAGGGAGCCGGAGAAGACAUGUGCUCGAAGAUAUCGAUAUCGAUGAGGUCAAGAAAGAUGAAUUUGUUGGGGAAGAAGAGAAGGCAAGGAUGAGUAUAUGCAUUCCGCCAAAGAAUGCUCUUUUGUUGAUGAGGUGCAGAUCUGAUCCUGUGAAGAUGGCAGCUCUGGCUAAUCGGUUUUGGGAGUCACCAGCUCAGAAAGAUGAAGAUCAAAGAGAGUAUAAUGGUAAUGAAGAAGGAGAAGCAGAAGAAGAUGAAGCGCGGAGACAUACUGAAAUUCCAACCAAAAUAGGAGAGGACUGUGCUCGUGAAGAGCAAGUAAUCCCAGAUGGUUUAGUACAAGCGAAAGCAACAAAGGGUUUUGAACUUGACAGUAGGGAAAUCCCAGAAGAAAAACCAGAGGAUGGAGGAGUAAAUGGUAAUCCGCAAAGUAAAACCUUGUUUGGUGUGCCUUCUUCUGAAGUUCAAGUUGAUCUCGAAAAGCAAGAAGUUGAAGACGUUCAGGCCAAUAUGCUCCUGGAGGGUAAAGAAAAACUGACAGAGGAAGAAGACGCAAAGCGUGCUUCCUCCCCUGUAGUAAUGGCUGACAUUUCAACAAAGGCCCCUGAGGAGGAUGAGAAAGACACUGCAGAGAGACCUCGGGAAGACAAAGAGACAGCAACCCAAAAUAGACCUGACCUUGAUUGCCCAGAACUCCCAGAUAAAAGGGUGAAUCUGGAUUCAAAGGAGCGAGAGAACCAAUCAGAACCCAAGAGAAGCAGCUCUGGUUUACCGGAGUGCUUGCUUUUGAUGAUGUGUGAGCCGAAGUUGUCCAUGGAGGUUUCGAAGGAGACUUGGGUUAGUAAUACGGACUUCAUCCGGCGGCGUCCAGAGAAACCUGUGAAGAAAAAGGAUAGUGGAGGCGAGCGCAGGAAGAGAAUCAGCGUCGACUCUAAACCGCCGCUGCCGCAGCCCCCGAGGUCGUCUUGCUCAUAUCCGGCUCCGGCGGCGGGAAUGUCGAUGGCGACCAUGAUAGAACAGAAGCUGGGGGAAUCCAAUGCAUGCGAGCCGUUGGUUCUCAAGCGCUGUAACUCGGAGCCGAUGAGAUCAGCGGCUAUUCUCGCGCCAGAGGCUUGUUUCUGGAAGAGCAGAAAGCUGGAGUCGCACCAUCCAUCGGCUACGCUUGGGAUCGGCGCGGCUGGGGUUGGAUUUUGACCUCAAUUUCUUUUUUAAAAAUUUCUAAAAUAAUCAUCGCUCAUUAUAAACGUUGCGCUGGUAAUUUUAGCAAGUCCUAUGUUAUGUAAUAGUGACAUUACUGGUUUAGUUUUUCAAGGAUCGUUUCAGCAAAUUUUCAGGCAAUUAUUUGCUUUGUCCUGUGCUCCCUUUGGUUCUGUAACUAGUUCAUAAAGCUUGACUUUCAAGCCUCA